AUGACAUCUGCGGUGUCAUUUGGAAACCAAAAUAUCGGAGUCCAAUUAGGUGGAAAUCAUGGCAAUCUCACUAUACAGCUUCAGCAACCAGCAGAUGAAGCAUGUCUAAGAGACCCGCGGACGACGGAUCCACAAGAUGACAGAAACCGCAUUGAGCAGGCCAAGGGCGGACUUCUGAAAGAUUCCUUUCGUUGGAUCCUGAGCAAUGAAGGGUUUAAGCAAUGGCAAAACAACCAAAACAGCUGA